AUGGCCGCGACUUCCCGAAGCGUCUCCGGCAAGACGGCCGCUAAGGCCGGCGCUAAGGCCGGCGCCACCAUCCUCUUCUCCCUCAAGAACGAAGUGGGCGGUCUGGUCAGGGCUCUCGGGACUUUCCAGGAAAAGCACGUCAAUCUGGUUCACAUCGAGUCGCGCAAGUCCAAGCGCAGAAAUUCCGACUUUGAGAUCUUCGUGGACUGCGACAGCGAUCACCAUCAGCUCAGAGAGCUGACGGAGCUCCUGGCCCAGCACGCCGACGUGGUGGAGAUAAUGCCGCCGGAAAGCCAACGCCACGACGAGGACCGAGACCGGACUGUGGAUGUUCCCUGGUUCCCCGAGAAGAUUUCCGAUCUGGAUCUCUGCAAGCAGGUCCUGAUGUACGGCUCCGACUUGGACGCCGACCAUCCGGGAUUCAAGGACAGCGCCUACCGCAAACGAAGGAACUACUUUGCCGAUUUGGCUCGCGGCUACAAACACGGCGAGCAGAUCCCCCGAGUGGACUACACGGCGGAGGAGGUCCAGACCUGGGCUCGAGUCUUCCGGGAGCUCAACCAACUUUACCCCAGCCACGCCUGCAAGGAGUUUCUCAACAACCUCCCCCUACUGGUCCAACACUGCAACUACAAGGAGGACAACAUCCCCCAGCUGGAGGACGUCUCGCGCUUCCUCAAAGAGCGCUCUGGUUUCAGCAUCCGUCCAGUGUGGGGCUACUUGUCUCCCCGAGACUUCCUUGCAGGUUUGGCCUUCCGCGUCUUCCACUGCACUCAGUACGUCCGGCACAGCUCAGACCCCUUUUACACACCCGAACCGGACACAUGCCACGAGCUGCUGGGCCACGUGCCGCUGCUGGCCGAGCCCAGCUUCGCGCAGUUCUCGCAGGAGAUGGGCUUAGCGUCGCUGGGGGCCGACGACGACGCCGUGCGCAAACUGGCCACGUGCUACUUCUUCACGGUGGAAUUCGGACUGUGCAAGCAGGACGGACGACUUCGCGCCUACGGGGCUGGCCUGCUCUCGUCCGUGGGCGAGCUCAAGCACGCGCUGUCGGGCGAGGCCGAGGUGCGUCCCUUCGAUCCUCGGCUGACGUGCGACGAGGAAUGCGUCAUCACCGCCUUCCAGAACGUCUACUUCGUCACCGAAACCUUCGACGACGCCAAGAGCAAAAUGAGGGAGUUUGCCAAGCGCAUCCGUCGGCCCUUCUCGGUGCGCUACGACGCGUACACGCAGAGCGUGGCCGUGCUGAAGGACAGCGGGAGCAUCCAAACGCUGCUCCGAGAUCUGCGCCACGAGCUGGACGUGGUGGACGACGCCCUCAACAGGCUGGGCAGGCGCAGCGCAGCGCAGCGCCGCCCACCGCCACCGCCGCCCGGUGACGCGUGAGCGAGCUUGGGCCAAGGCCAGCCGGAGCCGUUUCAUCAACAUGAAGUCUUGCUUGAAUGAACGCAAUCAUGAUUUGUGUCUCCAAAAUGCUCUUCAAAAGGCAAUUUGCUGACAAAGGUCAUUCUCUGCUGAUGAAAAAGAGCUGAUGACGCCAUUUGUGGUCUGUUCUGCAAGCGUCAAUGUUGUCAUGUUUGAAACAUAAAAUGAAAGUGCAUGGUAUCAAGA